CAGUUUUCAAGCGUUCGCUCCUUCCAUCUUUUCGACGUGAAGGAAAGACCACGAAAGCACAUCUUCUAUCACUGCCGUAUCUUCGACAAUCCACCUCCGUCAAUCCAACAUCAACACCGACGCAACGAAAACACACCCUCCCACAUCAAGAAUGUCCCACCAACCAGUCCACCAGACCUCCGACAUCCCACCCAUCUCAAACGACCCUCCCAUCAUCACCAUCGACCUCAUAACCUUCACCAGCGACGGCACACACCACUUCCCCACAACCUCGUGCCUCCUCCCGGAUGCCCAAUACCUCCCCGUCCUUAGCGACGUCUUCAACAUGCACGGCUACGGCGCCUUGACUCACAGUAAGUCCACCUCUUACCCUGCUCUCCUAACACGCCUCUUUACUGACGACUCGUGUCACCCAGAUGGUAGUGUGAAUUUCGUAAACAAUUUGCCAUUGGGUUAUACGGCUUCGCAUUUCAUCAAUGGGACUGGACAUUGGUGUAUGGGGGUUUGGGGACAUCCUUGUGGUGGGAUGUUUAGUUCGAUGUGUGCGUUUUGUCCGCAUGUGGUCAGUAUCAUCACCAGCAGUCUGGGGGAAUGUGGUUGUGAGCUGUGCGUUAUUGUCACAUGUGGUGCUGAGGUGUCUGAGGACGAAGGUGGUAGGUGGUGAUGGAAAAGGCCAUGAAGGCGUGGAAAUUGUUGCUAAAGCAGAGAAGGCAUGAUGAGCACAAGGAGCAAAGAAGAAGUUGAUGAAACAGACAUGAACCUGACUGAGGGAUGGAGGGAAGCCUCGGGGCAGGGCAGAGCGAUAUUGCUCUAGAUGUCAAAGCACAUACACUUGCUCGAACCAAUGUUCUCCCGCCUGCCAGUGGG